GAAAACAGCAGACCAGGAAAACUGAGUUUUUUUGCUUUGCAAAUGAGCAGCAGUGCAGACAAGUUUCCGUUUUUCUCUUCCUCCUCCCCCCGGCAGCAGCGAGGAGGGCAACGCUGCGAUCGCAGCGCAGCUCACAGAGGGAGGAAGUCAGAGCAGUAAUCUGCAGGUUCAGGCUGGCAGACGCACACAGAACAGCUGCCGUUGUCUGAAAAUGAGUCACUUUGAAGGAGCCGGUCCAGAGGCGACGAAUAACAGCAACUCCACCGAAUGUGAACCAGUUCACAAAUCGGCCAACACCUCCUUCAUGGUGAUCUACAGUCUUAUUUUUCUGGUGGGUUUGGUCCUGAACGGAUUCACGCUGCGGGUUUAUUUCUGCGUGUCGCAGCGCCAGGCGUCCAGCAGCGUCACCGUCUUCCUGAAGAACCUGGCGGCCUCCGACUUCCUCAUCAGCCUCUGCCUCCCGCUGCGCAUCAUGAACUUCUCCACCAACUCCGCCCUCAUCCGGCAGGUCUACUGCAACUUCGGCGCCUCCGCCUUUUACCUCAACAUGUACGCCAGCAUCCUGUUCAUGGGCUACAUCGCCGCCAACAGGUACAUGAAGAUCGUCCAUCCUUUGGGAAAUCACUUCAUCCACAAGGCCCGAGCCGCUUACAUCAUCUCCAUGUUGACGUGGGGUUUCCUCCUGACGAUGACCAGCUCCUAUGUGAUCCUGUCCCUCCUCACCCAGAAGGAUCAGGAGAAUCUGCCCGGUAUGGUCAGCUGUGACGUCCUGCACAGCCAUCAGCUCAGCCUGCUCUACAAGGUCAUCCACGCCUGCUCCGCCGCCAUCUUUGUGGCCGUCCUCAUCAGCCUCAUCUGGUUCUACCACAGCACCUCCCGCAGGUUGGCACAGGCGCAGAAGAAUCAGUCGAUUUCCAGCAACUCCAAGAAGCUCGCCAAGUCCCGGCGGAACAUGCUGGUUCUGGUCACGGUCUUCUGCAUCUGCUUUGUCCCCUACCACCUGAUUCGCCUUCCCUACGCCUUCAUGAAGAAGCUGGUCUGCUCCUGGGGAGGGUGGUUCUUCUACCUGAAGGAGCUGACCGUCCUGGUGUCGGUCCUCAACGUCUGCUUGGACCCUCUCAUCUACUUCAUCUUCUGCAAGGCGUUCCGGGCCCAGAUGACCAUGAGGCGGGUCUUCAACAACACGGACAGUCCGACGCAGCCGGACACCACCGACAGGCGCAGCAGCGACGGAUGGAUGAACUCCCUCAGGAACCUCAGGAAGUUGUCAGUCGUCUCACUGACCAAGCAAACCAGCGUCUUGUAGACUUCACACGCUCCUGAACCCAUCUUUACCAAAAUCCAAACUGGAAGUUCAAGAAAACGCUGUAAAUCCAUCUUACAGGAGUUAUUGAAGGAACCGAAUCACCAACAGAUCCUGAACCUGGCGCCAGUGGAGGGAGGUCGUUGAUCUUCACCUUUAAUAGUUUAACCUGAACAUCCUCUUAUGAACAGGAAGAACACAGAGGUGUUCUCAAACAACAUCAUAUAAUCAUCAUAUAACCUCAUAAGCAUCAAGGCCAACACAUUUUUGGGACUUUAUUCAGUUAUUUGACUGAAAUUGACAGUAGAGUCAUGCUGUCUGUCUAGUGUCGAUCAAUGACUUUCAAGGUUUUACGAGCGUCUCCCAGAAUCUUCCUAAAGCUUCGGCUUUUUCACUCGUGCUUCAGGUGGUUCAGGUUCAAAGGAAGCGAGUCUGAAAGUCGGUCCAUUCUGUGUUUCCAUCACUGUUUCAGUUCUGCUCAUUUUAAGUAUCACAGCAGAAAAGGUGGUUGGACCAGCAAAAUCCAAAAUCCUUAAUUUCCCAACAUCAUUUUUAAGCUCGCUUGAGGUGGUUUUUGUGUUAAUGUGCUAGAGGGGAGAUGGAAGCACAUUUGCAGAAUAAGGUCUAAUUUUCCCAUCCACUGGUCCGGUGUGCCUUACCAGAAACACAAAACUCAGGAAUAUUUCAAAGUCCAAGCCUCCAGCUUGUAGGGGAAGACUCUUCAUUUAUCUGAAUGUGUGGUCCAUGUUAGCUAGCCACCUCUGCUUCCUGUUUAUCACGGCCAUGCGUAGCGUCUGAUAAAAUCACUCUGUGUAGUCUGAUUAAUUCACUCCAAGCCAGACGCUGGAGACGCUUAUCUCACAUUUUUCUUUUCUUUUUUACAACAUUUUAAAUGUUUGCUUAAAAUUUGCAUCACAGCUGGAUGGAGAUACGUCACCGUUAGCACCGUUAGCCGCUUAGAUAGCAGCUGUGAUAAGGCCAAGGUGGUACUCUCACUGACCGUCCCUGAUCAAAGCUUCAACAAUGUGAAUGUCACAUGCAGGCUAGUUAGCUUAGCUUCAGGUUGAUGUGAAUUAUGUGCAGAAACACAAUAGCUGAGCCAAAGAGAAAAGCUGUUGAUUUACCGGUCCGUCUACGUUUUGACCCUCAGUGACGGUCAUGAAACCUGGAUCCCAACCGGAGGGACUAGUUGACUUUACAUGGCCGUUUGCCUGGGAAUCUGGUGGUGGAGCCGCUGCUUCUCCACUAAAAUAACAGUUUUUAAUAACAAGCUGAUCAUCUGCAUGGCCGGUUUCAUCAAACGUCUCUUUGGGAAUCACUUUGUAACAGUUGAAGCUCAUCGUUUAUCUGAGGCUCUGCUGAGAAAAGGAACCAGCCGGUUCUUUUCCAGGUCUCUGGUUGUCCAUGAAGAUCUGUGGCUUCAACAAAAACUGCUUUUCUGAUGAAAGUCCUGAACUGAGAAGAAGCUCCAGUUUAAUGGUAAAUGGACUGAACUUAUAUUGUGCUUUUCCAGUCAUUUUGACCACUCAAAGCACUUUUACCCUAAAGUCUCAUUCACCCAUUUGCACUCAGAAACACACUCACACACCGAUAUGCAGAUCGAUAGGCAGUUUGGGGUUAAGCGCCCAGGGCCCAUCGACAUGUGGCAGG